UCCUUAGAGCGUCAGCACGCCACAGCACAUUGCCUCGGAUCCAGACUACUCCAGCUCCAACCUGAUACACACCAGGCUUGAAGCAUUGACAAUACCGUAAUGGAGAGCUUGCUGGAUAACCCUAUGAAAGCUGUGCUUUAUCUCAAAGAGCUGACCACCAUUGUACAAAACCAGCAGAGUCUGAUUCAAACCCAGCGGCAGCGGAUCGACGAGCUCGAGAGGAAGGUUGAGGAUCUCAUCGGCGAGAAUCGACAGCUGAGAGAACCGCAUCCAUACCACCACCAUCAUCCGCACCAUCACCACCACCCUUCCCCGCCGACCAGCAGCCCUCAGCCGGGCGCGCACGCACACCAGCAUCAGGCGACUCACGGUCAACCCCAGCAGCCGCCGCAGCAGCAUCAUCAGCAACAGCAGCAGCAUCCGUCCAAACAGGCGCAGCAUACUCCGGUAGCUCCAAUACAUCACCCGCAGCAUCUGCAGCUGGUCCCUACAUCCCCACCGUCUCUUAAACCGACUCACUCUAGCCCGGAGUCGGCGGAGGACGAUAAGAGGAGCCCGUCCUGCAAGUCUUUGGUUCCGCAAACACCCUCGACACUGUGCCGGUCCGUCGGGCUCGCGAGGAAACCCGAGAACCAGACUGUUCUGCACCAGUUCUGUUGUCCCGCUCCGGACGCCCCUGAGUCUGACUCUCAGGCCUCUGUACCCAGUGAAGAGACACCCUCCCCUCCUCCCACUGUGUCACCAUCCCCUGGGGAACCUGUGUCGCCCUCACCAGGGGUGACUGCUGCCAGUGCAAUCCAGCCUGAGGUCCAGGUGACGCCUCAACUUGCAGAAAGCACCGCGACAUCUGUCGAUGGAGGAGGGGGAGACGGGGAUCGAGAUGGAGGUGGAGCUCAAGACGCAGAGAGUGCACAGGUAGACAAAGAAGAGGUGGAGCUACAGGAGGUAGAAAAAGAGGAAGAAAAACCCCAAGUGCAACAACAACUGGAGCAAGAGGAGGAAAAGAAAGAGACAGAGGAGCAGGAGAGGGAAGCAGCAUGUACGGGGGGUGCGGGAAGGAGGCCAAGCUUGCAUCACACUGCCUCACCAAUUAGAGUACAGAGGAACGGAGCGUGCAGCCACUCCACAACCUCGGACUAUGAACUCUCGCUCGACCUCAAAAACAAGCAGAUCGAAAUGUUAGAGCAGAAAUAUGGGGGCCACCUUAUCUCACGGCGUGCAGCCUGCAAAAUCCAGACUGCCUUCCGCCAAUACCAGCUCAGCAAAAACUUUGAGAAGAUCCGAAACUCCCUACUUGAGAGUCGCUUGCCACGACGUAUCUCCCUGCGAAAGCUGCGUGUGCAAAAUACAGAGGGAAUCUCGGCUGAACGGGCACUGGCUGAAGGCUGUAAUCUGGCAAGUAUCCCAUUGGUCCGGUCCCCAUCCCUGCCCACCACAGUGGGAGGCACUCUAACUGACCUGGAGGAUUCCUUCAAUGAACAAGUCCAGUCUCUUGCCAAGUCCAUCGAUGAUGCACUCAGCAACUGGAGCAUGAAAACUAUGUGUUCUCUUCAAGAAGGGGGCACCUAUCAGUUUAGCUCAGAAGCCUUUAAUACAGCUGGUGGCAAAUCUGGGGUGGCAGGGACAGUCCAAGAUGGUGGCCCCAUGAACCCUGUUACGCUUCAGAGUGGAACAAGCCAAGUUGAAAACUCUGAGAAUAUGGCCCGUAGUGCCAGCAAACUAAUGAUGGCCUUCCGAGACGUGACGGUUCAAAUUGACAGCCAGAACUUUCGCAUGUCCUCCUCAGUUUUGGAAUCCUCCACUUCCGUCUCUCUCGGUAAUUGUGUCCAGCAGGGGGCCAUGAUUACCGAGAGCCAACAGCAAUCUCCAGUUAAUGAUGCAAACAAUGAACAGUUGCUACAAGGACAACCACCACCCCCACCACCUCCACAGGAUCUAGCUUUUGCAUCUUCAGAGCUGGAUGUUGAUGAAGUACCAGAUGGUGACUUCCCAGCCCCUCCACCAAGUGAGGAGGAACUUGGGGAGGAGGCAUGCCCUCUGGUCCUGGAAAAUAAGGAAGUUCUAGGGUCAGAACCGACAAUUCCAGCACAGACAGUAGUAACCUCUGAUACCUUGUCUCCACCAGAGGUUGCAGAGACGCUGGUAACCCCAAAUGUAGAGAUGCUGGAGGCAAAGCGUAUUGAAUCAGACAUGGCAGACAACAGCUCAGAACAGAUGAGCAGCAGCAGCACAUCUACAUCAGCGCGCUCAACUUCAGAGGUCUCCUCCAAAGAGGCUCUGCAGGCUAUGAUCCUGAGCUUGCCAAGAUACCAAUGCGAGAACCCAACUAGCUGCAAGUCACCUACCCUCUCCACUGAUGUAAUGCGAAAACGGCUGUACCGUAUUGGUCUCAACCUCUUCAACAUAAAUCCAGACAAAGGUCUCCAGUUUCUCAUCUCUCGUGGUUUCAUUCCGGAUACGCCCAUAGGAGUGGCCCACUUCCUGCUUCAAAGGAAGGGCUUAAGCCGGCAGAUGAUUGGCGAGUUUCUUGGCAACAGCAAGAAACCCUUCAACAGAGAUGUUUUAGACUGUGUGGUGGAUGAGAUGGAUUUCUCAGGGAUGGAAUUGGAUGAAGCUUUAAGGAAGUUCCAGGCUCAUAUCCGUGUACAGGGUGAAGCGCAGAAAGUGGAAAGGCUGAUAGAAGCAUUCAGUCAGCGUUACUGUAUGUGUAAUCCAGACGUGGUUCAGCAGUUCCACAAUCCUGAUACCAUCUUUAUCCUCGCAUUCGCUAUCAUACUUCUUAACACUGACAUGUACAGUCCGAACAUCAAACCAGACCGCAAGAUGAUGCUGGAAGACUUCAUCCGCAACUUAAGAGGUGUUGAUGAUGGAGCAGAUAUACCUCGGGAUAUGGUAGUGGGAAUAUAUGAGCGGAUUCAACUAAGGGAGCUACGCUCUAAUGAAGACCAUGUCACUUAUGUCACCAAGGUGGAACAAAGCAUUGUGGGAAUGAAAACAGUUCUGUCAGUACCUCACAGGAGACUGGUGUGCUGCAGUCGACUGUUUGAGGUGACUGACAUCAAUAAAGCCCAAAAGCAAGCUGCUCACCAGAGAGAGGUCUUUCUCUUCAACGACCUACUUGUGAUUUUAAAACUGUGUCCAAAGAAGAAAAGUUCGGCUGCCUACACCUUUUGCAAGGCCAUGGGUCUGCUGGGCAUGCAGUUUCACCUGUUCGAGUGUGAAAACUAUCCUCACGCGAUCACUAUUGUGUCUCCGUGUUCGGGCUCUGAUAAGAAACAGGUGCUGAAUUUUUGUGCCCAAAGUGCAGAAGAGCUGCUGAAGUUUGUUGAGGACCUAAAGGAGUCUAUCGCCGAGGUGUCAGAGAUGGAGCAGAUACGUAUUGAAUGGGAGUUGGAAAAGCAGCAAGGAGCCAAAACGCACUCCAUCAAGAAUAACGGGACACAGCUUGAAUUGAGAGGAAGACAAAGUUCUCCUUCAGGCAAACAAGACAUGAACACAUCACAGAGUGGACACAAUGCAGUAGAGGUGUCAAUUCACAACAGGCUUCAAACGUACCAGCUCAACGCGGUGCCGCAGAGCCCUGAGAGCGCCGCCCUUCUCAACCACCAGAGGGAGCCUCCGUUGCAAUGUGCCAGCUCCACACCCUCGCACUCCCACCAGCCUGUGGCCCUGGCCGAGAUACGACCCGACACGCUUAUCCAGUGCCAGCAAAUCGUCAAGGUCAUCGUCUUGGACAAGGGCGGUCACGGUCGCAUGGAGGCGUUCUUCAGCCAGAGCCCCACUCAUCACCAGCUUGUCCAGUCUGCGGUCUCCACGCCGGUGCGUUCUCCUGACGGGGGAAGCAACCAGGGGGGAAUAGACGGUUCUCAGCCCCCCCUACCUCCACCACCACCCCCAUAUAACCACCCUCAUCAAUACAUACCACCAGAUCCCCGCCUUGCACUGCAGAGGACCCCAAGUGGCUCUCGUAGCCUAAUGUAAAGUUAAAAACGACAGUUUUAAGAACUGAACACACUGUAGGUGCACUUUUGACCAUAUUUAUCUAUAUAUGUAUAUACAUGAAAGAAAUAUAAUGAAAAAUGCCAACUAUAUGCAUAUAUUUAGGGUAACAGACAUAAAUGCGAAAGAUAUUAAUAUACGGUAUGUAAGUAAUUGACUUUGCAGAUAUGCGAAACAACCAAUAAGAUUUCAUUAUUGCUGUGUAUUUUGAAACGCUACAUAGUUUUAACAAAUUUAUAUAACGGUUUCUGUCUUUCUGAACAGGUUUCUCUGAGGUUAUAUUGUUGAGUACUUGUCCUGGAAAGGAUUUCUCUGGUGCAUUUUGUUAUAGACUAAAUUAUUUCACAAAACAAAAAUGUGAUAUCUCGCAACAUUUCACUUUCAAUUUCACUGAUACCUGCUUUUGUGUGGGAGCUGGUCUGUAAUAUCACCCUUUUGGCUUUAAUUAUAUUACUGAUGCGUCUAUUUAGUGUGUGCGUGUGUGUACUGUAUGCAUUAAAUUGAAAAAAUUGUAUACGUGCCAAAAUGAGGACACCCUCCAUUAUGGACUUUUGCACUGUUGAACGCUUAGGGCUAGAGCAAGCAUUUCUGCUUAUAACAGCGAUCAUUUAGAUUCCCUCUAGGUACACAUUUGUAGAAGACAUUAGGAUGUACUAUUAGUUUAAAAACAUUUAUUGUGUGGCCAAUGUUGUAUUCCUGUGAAAUGUGAAUUACUUCCUUAUCACCUGUCUUAGAAAAUGUCUUAUUCCUUUUAACUUAUAUAUGUGUGUAAAUUGAAAAAUAAUGAGGGCCUUUCACGUGACUUGCGCCAACAUCCCCCAUUGCUUUAAAUGCUAUAAAACAAAGUUAAAAUAUACUUUGCCCAAGUUUGUUGCUGACCUUGUGUGCAAACAAAAAAUACUAGACUAUUUGCAUAACAUAUCAUUAUGGGUGGUGUCAUUGACAACUACUUUUUUCUUUUUUUGUGGGAAUGUGUGAUGGCGGUUGCCAGAACUUAGACUUGGAAAUACACGUUACCUCUUUCGUUUCUAUUCACCCUUAUUGCUUUUAAUAUGAACACCAACUUCUUGCUACCUAACAACCACAUAAAGUCACCUUUCUGUGACACUAUGUGCAACGUUUGAUAUUUGCAUUGAGCAGUCCUGUCCCAACUCUGACCCAAGUCAUCUGAAAGGGCCUUCAGUUUCUGGCAACGUAUCGUGGCUCAAAGGGUCACCGCCAGUGAACGCUCUUUGUAACGGCUAUUGUUUCCACGCUCAGGAAUUUCAGAAAGAAUCUGAAAAAAGACUGAGACAUUUUAAAGCUUUUGCUUGAACUUUAUGUAGCAACCUGGAAGGUAUAAGGCCUCGCUGAAGAGGCCAUUUGAUCCCAGCAACCAUCUAUGGAGGCACUGUAUGGUUAUCUGACAUUUUACAAGUUUAUCAAUUGAUGGCAGAAUAAUGCACCACUGUCAUCAUGUGACUCAGAUAAUAUAACAUGAACAGUACUCACCACUACAGUAUUUAAAACACCCAAAAGACACACCUUCAGCACCAUCAAACUAUUUCUGCUGUUUUAAUACUACUCUUGUGUGAACUUUCUCGCAAGCCAAGUGACACUUGAAACAUCGGUCGAGAUGCACAUUGUUGGCACAAAACACUUUAACCUGAAUGUCUGUCUGGUUGAUCUUCUAUUUUCCAGUUGAAGGAUACAGCUUAUCAAUAGAUUCAUUUUAUUUUGUUUUGCUUGUAGUUGCUGUCAUAUAUCUGCAUAUAAAUCAACACUGAAUUAGCUCUGGUAAAUGUUAACUGCACCUAAUCCAGCCAUUUCUGAUCUGUUAUCUACAUAACCUUUAAAGUCAACAUGAAAUGACAUUCAUGACUUAUUUUACUUUCAUGUGACACACAUCUGAGUGAUGCAAGUUUUUUUUUAUAAGUAGAAUGGGACUUGAUUUUCUGGAUUCAUAUGAUCAUUGCAUUUCUGAUUACAGCCAGAUCCAAAGAAGAGCUGCUUUUCCAAAAUACUCACCAAUAAGUUUAAAGCAUAUAUUGAAUAAAGACGGAUGAUGUGUCUCCAUAGACUUCCACUGUACAAAAAUGAAGCCAAAAUCUCCC